UUUUCUAGCAACCCAUGGGGAUGCUCCUUGUUCUAAGUGAAUGAUUUCUGGUUUAAGGAAGGAGAAAUUUUUUUUUAAAGGAUGUAUUUAUUUAUUUUAGAAAGACCGAGACAGUGCGGGGCUGGGGAGGGGCAGAGAAAGAGCCUUAAGCAGAUCCCACACUGGGGUUGGAUCUCAGGACCCAACAACCUCAGCAGAAACCAAGAGUCCCAUGCCUAACAGACUGUGCCACUCAGGCACCCCCAAGGAGAAAUUUCAAACAUCAGAUUUUUCGUGGGCCUUUCCUUCUAACAGCAUUUUCCCUUCCCAGUUUAGCUAAUAUUGAUGCAGUCUAUUAGUGGGAGUGUGACUAUUAGCAUAUAAACACAUUUUUGAAGUGUGCCUCUAAGGGAGCAAUCAGGAACUGACUGCUCAGCCACAAAAAAUAAUAUACAAGCCUAAGAACGUUGAGAGUUGCCUUUUGUAAAGUAGGGUUACCAUGGGGAGGGCAAAUCAGUUGAGCCCUCAAGAGCUCAUUGGAGGACGCUGCAUUUUUUCAGUUGAGAAGCUGCCCAAUCUUCCCUAACCACUCCCCGCUUAAGAGGUCUCAGAAGACUUCAAAAACACGGCAAAUGGAAAUGUGCUGCAGCCUCCUUUGGGUUACCCAGGGCCGAAUUUCCUCAGGCGGGGCAGGGGAAACGCAAAUCAGCUUGGCACUGCGUAUCUUUAACAAAACCCCUUGGGGAUGAGGCUGUUGAAGGUCUCGAGGUGAUUUCUCCCUAAUAUUUUUUGCUCUGAAAGAGUUCUCUGUAGUUCUCCGUACUUUUGUCUGCGCAAAUUUCCCAGGUGGAGUCAGUCGUAGGCGUUAAUAAUCCGCAUUAGUGACCACCAGAGACGGAAAUCGCUAAUUACUAAGUCCCCUUUGAUCUCCCCCAGCCGUUUGGCUCCUGACACUGGAGGUUCCGGCAUCUACGCUUUCUUAAAACUGUACCAGACUAGAGUGUUCAGACGUGCGAUCUGCAGUUUAACGUGUGCGCCGAGAUCCGGAUCAGAUUUUUAAGAAUUUCCACAGACUCCCCAGAUUUUAAAAUCCAGCGGCUGAACUGGUGUGCGGCUGGAAGCUAACAAACGCCCACGCGCGCGGGUGUUUGAUUAAUUUUGGCAGCUGCGUACUUCUGCGCUUUAAAUUUUGGGGGGCAGGCUGGGGAAAUAAACGAUUUAAACUUUCAUUGCACUGCCUGUCUCCCCUUCUCCAUCGUCUGCUUUCGAUUCGGUUGUGGGAAAUGGAGUUUUCUUCUCUUUGCUAGAACUCUAAUGUGAUUCGGGAUCAUUUGCAAAAAUGAACAAAAAAGUCACCGGCAAACGGGACGACUGGGGCAGAACGCUGAUGGCAGACCCGGGGUGGGAGAAAAGGCCGGACCUCCGAGGAUAAUUAGAGGAGACUGCCUCCUCCCCGCCUGGUCUCCAUGGUCCCCUUCAUCUUCCAGGAUGAAGAACCCGAUGCUGGAGGCGCUGUCCCAAUUGCUGGAGAAGCUGCUCCUCAUCUCCAACUUUAAGCUCUUCAGUUCGGGCACCCCGGCCGAAGACAAGGCGAGGAAUAAUUUCUAUGAGAUCAGCUCUUUCCGCCGCGGCGACGUGCUGGAAGUGCCCCGGACCCACCUAACCCACUACGGCAUCUACCUGGGCGACAACCGUGUUGCCCACAUGAUGCCCGACAUCCUGUUGGCCCUGACCAGCGACAAGGGGCUCACGCAGAAGGUGGUCUCCAAUAAGCGUCUCAUUCUGGGCGUCAUUGGCAGAGUAGCCAGCAUCCGCGUGGACACAGUGGAGGACUUCGCCUACGGAGCCGACAUCCUGGUCAAUCACCUGGACAAGUCCCUCAAGAAGAAGGCGCUGCUCAACGAAGAGGUGGCGCAAAGGGCCGAGAAGCUGCUGGGCAUGACUCCCUACAGCCUACUUUGGAACAACUGUGAGCACUUCGUAACCUACUGCAGAUUCGGCACCCCGAUCAGCCCCCAGGCGGACAAGUUCUGUGAGAAUGUGAAGAUAAUUAUCCGUGAUCAGAGAAGUGUUCUCGCUUCGGCAGUCUUGGGAUUGGCAUCUAUAUUCUGUCUGGGCUUGGCGUCGUAUACUACCCUUCCUGCAAUUUUUAUCCCAUUCUUCUUAUGGAUGGCUGGCUAACUUCAUAUCCCCGUGUCAGUGUGUGUAUUCUGUGUGUAAAUAUGUUUAUAUUUAUAGAGCACAAGUCAGUAUAUGCAUCGUCUAGAAAAAUGUGACCUAUAACACUGUGUUCUGGAUAAAAAUGUGACUAAGAAUCAUGCAAAGUGCUUACUGUGUAAGCCCAAGAACAAAGGCUUUCUCAAUCUUCAGGCAGUUCCAUUUUAAAGCCCUGUGCAGAUCUUGGAAACAUGGCAAAUUGUGAUAGAAGUCAUCCUUCCAAGGGAACCAGCCAGUAAGAUGAUGGCCACAGGAGAUUAUUUUUUCUCCUGUAAUCAUGGUUCUCCAUUAGGCCUGAAUUUGAAGAUUAGAAGACUUACUGAAUGAGCCCACUAACUUCAUUGUAAAUUUAUUCUGUUUCAUCGAAAACCUUACAUUAAACUAAAAGAAUUUCCCUUGUUCAGAUGAAAACAUGUUUGGUGAUGGUAAAAAAAAAACAAAAAACAAAAAAACAAAAAAACAUAAUCUUUUUUUUCAUGUAUUAUAUAUAAUUCCCAAUAAGUCAAAAGUAUUUUUAUUACUUGAAACCAUGUUGUAAAGUUGGAGUUUAAUGAUAAAGUAACUUACUAGAACUAUAGAAACCUAUGUUUUCCUGCAGAAAUAAGCUAGUAUAGCAUCAGUUGAACAAUUUGAUUUGGAUUUACUUACCCAGAAACUUGACAUUUGUUAUUUUUUUUUCCUUUUAUGUGUCACUGUGGUGAUAUUAAACCACUCUGAGAGGUAAAAAGAUACAGGAUUGAAGUAAUUUGGAUACUUAGAGAGUGUAUGUGCCAAUUAAAUAUGCAAAUGUACACAUUUACACAGACUGAUGAGAGACAAACAUUCUUGAUUGCUUUAUAAUACAGUGUGGUUGCCAGAGAGCAUUUGUAGAAGUGAUGUAAAAACAAGUUUAGUCUGUUUUCUUAGACCUUGCAUCCACAGUAUAACUUUCAUAUAUGUCAUUGGAUGGUUUACCUUUUAAAGCACUUACUAAUGUAUUGUAUAAUUUUUAAAAGUCCUCAGAUUUGUCUUCUAACAGAUUUAUUAAUUUCAUUGCAAAGUGUAGUUUCCAUCCUUUAAAGAAGGAUGCCCCAAGGAAAUUACUGUUAGAAGUAAUUUCUGAGUGUCAGUGUCACCAGGUGUGUAAAUCGAUUACACUGAGGCUGUCUUAAUAUCACGGUUGAGAUGUAGCACUGUUAAAGACAGCAUUCAAAUACUUUGUAGAAUUACCAAAUUAUAAAAAUUAGGCCACAAGCUAGACUUGCAUUUCAAGUAUUAAAAUUGCUUUUUAAGCUAUCAAGAAUCACAAGAUAAUGAGUCACAUUAUGAGUGAUAUGGGGAAGUUGAGUCGGUUACUCAGUGAUCUAAUCAGAACAAAUUUAAGAGCAGAUUUUAGUGUAACUGUUGUUUUACUACCACUAAUUUACAACAAAUUCAGUUGGAGUUUAAUAAUAAUUAAACUUCGGGGCACCUGGGUGGCUCAGUAGGUUAAGCCUCUGCCUCCGGCUCAGGUCAUGAUCUCAGGGUCCUGGGAUUGAGUCCCGCCUCGGGCUCUCUGCUCGGCGGGGAGCCUGCUUCCCCCUCUCUCUCUGCCUGCCUCUCUGCCUACUUGUGAUCUCUCUCUCUCUGUAAAAUAAAUAAUUAAAAAAAAUAAUUAAACUUUGUGUUUAAUAACUUAAAAUGUUUUAAAUAGUCAAAACACGAAAUGGCAACACCACAGAAUAAAGGUUAUCUGGGCCUAUUCCAACAACUUAAAUUUAUCUUAAGUAUGUGUACAUGAAAGCAACCACUAUGAGAACUCCCUUGUAUUAGUGGUUUUUCCCUGACUGUAUAUUACCUUUGUAGCAACUGUUUAAAUAAAUUGAUUUUUUAAACAUAUGGUGUCCUGCUAAAUAAUGUUAAAUGUUAAAAUUUUUUAAACAUAUGGUGUCCUGCUUUUUUGCAGACUUCAGUAUGUCAGGUAGCAAAACCCACUGCCUGAUGUUAAAUCUGUGUUCACAGAUAAUAAUCCCUUAUUAAAUGCUAAGGGAAGUAUUAAGGUUAGAAUUAACAUAAUUAGUCUUACUUCAUAUGCUUAAAGUAAGAUCCAGUUCCUCAUUCAUUUGAGUGCUCAUUAUAUGCCAGGCACUGACCUGUUGUAAUUUCAGGGUCUAGAAUUAAUAUUACAUUUGAACUACCCAUAUCAGAGUAUAUACAGUGCUCAGGGAAUACAGGGGAAGAAGCAUUUAAAUCUCCCCAAAGUUCAGAGAAAUCAGAAGUAGGCAAUGCUAGCAUUAGGCUGAGAAGUAGUAUGAGGUGAUUUUAUCACACUGAUGUGUUCUGCUAUUUACAGGAAGAGGAAACUGGGAAGAAGCGUUUAUCCGGUACCCCACAACACUAGAAUCUAUUGAACUUAGGACAGAGGAAAGUUUUGGUGUGCUCAGUUUGAUGAGUUGCUUAACAAGGUAGAAGCAGCACAGAUCCCUGAUUUGUGGUUGUGGAAGAAACUGAGCCAUUCCUGUGUCUCUGAUGAAUGUCUCUGGGCUUCAUUACUUAAGAUUCAUCCUUAGGAUUCUGCAAGUCCCUUACAGUUCUAAAUUUCCCUUCUAACUUGUGAAAUGGUAAGUAGUGUCUAAGGCAGCUUUUUGGUGCUUGUUUUGUUGCCAUAUGUAGAUGAAGGCCAAAGAACUAGCUGGGGCUAAGAUGAAAUAAUGUCUCCAGUACUUGGCAGGUAAUAAGAAUGAAAAGAAGCAGACGUGGACCUCAAAGUUUAGGGCCUCAUUGACACAGAAGCAGUACGUCUGUAAUAGAGCUGGUUUAAAGCACAGAAAAUGACCUGGUUAGUUUUAACCAAUAGGGCCAAAAUUAUAGGGAUGUGUACUAGGACUUGGAAACGGGAUGUUUUCCAAGGGGAGAGAUUUGGGUAGGGCAUUCUACGUAGCAGGAACAGUAUGAGCGAAUGCAGGAAAACUGCCCAUUCCUUGCCUAGCACCCAAGUGGGAGGCACUCAACUGUUCAUUGACUAAAGCAUAGAACUGCAUGGGGCAGUCAGGCAUAGGCACGUGGUUCACAGGCUAGCGUAGAGCAAGGCUGAUGAGGAGAGGUGUUGGAAAAAGAGAGCAAAGAUUAGGUGGGUACAAGUUUUGUGCAGACCAAGAAGUUUGGAUUUUAUGAACAGGCAGUGGAGGUUUGAAUUCAGCAAGGUAAUUCCCAAAAGUAUAGAGGAAGGAGGGAGCAUGGGGCAAGACAGGACAAAGGACUCUCUUAGGAGACUAGUUAUGGUCCCUAAUCUCUCAAAUCAGGGCCUGUAAUUGUGAGGGUGGGGAGCAAACAUGUCAAGAAACUGUCAGCAGAGGAGCCAAAUCCUUCUAUUUGACUCAUGAGUAACUGUUUGUGGAGUGUCAGGGAGGAGUCAUGCAUCCCUUCCUGCCAAAAAAUCUGUUCCUGAAAUAGAACUUCAUGUGGUAACUGUAUGUAUUUUGGAUAUUUCAGAACUUUAUUCUGCUAGUUCUGUGUCUUUGCAAGGACAAGCAAAGAAGUGCAGAUUUGUUGUUUAAUUUUUUUUUUCAGAAUAGAGAUAUAUUUCUUAUUUUUCCAUUUCUAUUUCAUACUACUGCUGAAAGGAGUUUUCCAGUGAUAACACAAUUACGCCAAUGGCAAAAUUUUGUGAUAGAUGAGAAGCAUAUAAGAAAUGAUGAUUGCCAAUAUUAUGUUUUAUAUAAUCUGUUUAGAGAAUUUUAUCUAACCUAUAUCUGUUAGCUCAACUAGUUUUAUAUUUGGUUUAUAUGUAUAUGAAAUAAAAUCAAUUGUAUAUGCUGUC